AUGCGCCGAAGUGAACGGAAGGAGGGCUGUACCGGCGGUGUGGUGCUCUGUCUGCGCAAGUUAGGAUGGAUGACUCAAGGUGUACCUUUCCAAGAGAAAGGUUAUGGGUCUUUUAGUAGUCAAGUGGAGGAGGUGGACAAACCAGGGGUCAAGGUACAAGCGGAACAAGCGCGGCCAGAUCGAACUUACGGUACUAGUAGUGUAUCAAUAAGGGGGUUACCUAGAUGUACAAUGCGGGAACCGUUCAAGCUGACGGGGGGAGGAUUCCCACAACGAACGGGGCGUGAAACGUCACUGUGGGUUGGCGACAUCAUUAGCGCCCAUGCCCGUAGAGAAACACCACGCGGUCCGGUUUCUCUUUUUCGGACUGCCAUGUUAUGUCAAGACAAUCUGGAAUGUACAACGGAUAACACACACGUUAAGGUGCGCUUAAGGUGGACUCCCAAGGGAACUGAAGUGCUGGAGGCGACGGACAAGCGACCCAACCAGUCACUGCCAAUGCAGCAAUCGACACCAAUUGGACCCUCGUCUUGGUUUCGCGUGUUUCCCCAGGAAGAGCUAGCCAUCACUACACUACACUACACUACUUUCUACACGAGGUAUCCUUGGGUGUGGCUUGGCUCCAGCAGCGGGCGUCUGAACCUGUGUCUGUGUCUGUGUUCUGGACUGCGCGUGGAGAACUGUGGAUCCGCGAUGCCCACUUUGCGCGAGCGCCCCAGCAGAGGCGACUCCUCCCUCGCCAAGAGGAACACCACUUCUUCAGCUGCUGCCCCGACCAGGACAACCGCCAGAACCACCCCCAGAACCACGCGACGACAGUCCAGCAACACCAACAGCAAUAUUAUGGCAGCUGCCCCGGCCCGUGACGCGAUCGAGGUACGCGAGUCCAUCGAGGCCAAGGGCGACGUCGAUGACGAUGUAGACAUGGAGGAUGCCGAUGCGAAAGACGACGAGCCACGCAAACCCACCGACAAAGACCAAGAGGCGGACAUGGCCGAUGACCGAGAAGACGACGAGGACGAGGACCACGAUCAGGACGAAGAAGACGAAGAAGAGAGUGAUUCUGCCAAGGAUCUCUUACAGCUAAUCAGAGACACGUCCGAGUACCUGUGUCGGUACACCGUCAAGGUGGAUGGAGAGGACUACGAGAUUGCCUCUGGCUUCCAGAGGUUAGUCAACAAGCGGAGUCUUCCCGAUUACUUUGAGGUUAUCAAGACCCCCAUGGCCUUCAGCACCAUCAGGGGCAAGCUGGGCAAAAAGAGCUACACAAGCUUCAACGAAUUCGUUCAAGACGUGACGCGCAUAUGCCAUAACGCACAAGUAUACAAUAGACCCUCCGCCCCGAUCUUCUCCGAUGCCGGUCGGUUGCUCGAGGUUUUCAAAGAAAAGCUUGCCGAACUCGUCCAGAAGGGGGACAUUACCGAAAAAGACGCCGAGAUCCCCGACUACGGUCCGUUACCCGAGUUUGAAGAUUCGCCAACCCCCGAAGAGGAAGAGGAUGAGGAAGAGGAGGAAGAGGAGGAGGAGGAAUCAGAAUCGGAUGACUCGGAUGCUGUCGACUCGGAUGGGCGGCGCCGGCGUGGACGGAGACGCGGUGGCCGGUCUCGAAGAAGGAAACAAGAUGACGACGAUGAUGAGGCCCAAAAGAAGCACACGAGACCCCUCAAGGUCCUCACGCCGCAAGAGGCCAGGAUACAGGCCCUACUCAAGGGGCUGCGGAAAUUCAAAAACGAAAAUGGCCAUGUGCGCAUCAAUCACUUUCAGAGGCUCCCUGACAAGUCAGAAAGCCCGGGCUACUACGCCGCCGUGCGCAACCCGAUUGCGUUGGAUAUGAUCAUCAGGAAGCACAAGCGUAAAAAGUACCAAAAUCUCGACCAAGUCCUCCAGGACCUGGAACUCAUGUUUGAGAAUGCGAAGCUCUUCCACGAACAGGGGAGUGAAGAGUAUGAAGAUGCGCUUGAACUACAAAAAGAGGCACGCGCCCUCACGGAGCAGGAAAAGGCCAAGCCCGACGAUGACUUUCGCGACGCAGAUGGAAAGCUGCCCUUGGACAGCAUUGAGCACGGAGGCGAGCUGUGGCGAGUGGGUGAUUGGGUUCACAUCCGUAACCCUAACGAUCUUUCCAAGCCCAUAGUCGCGCAGAUCUACCGCAUGUGGUCGGACAAGUCUGGCCAGAAGUGGGUGAAUGCCUGCUGGUUCUAUCGCCCAGAACAGACGGUCCAUCGCUAUGACAAGUUCUUUUACGAGAACGAGGUGGUCAAGACAGGCCAGUAUCGCGACCACCGGAUCGAAGAAGUUGAGGACCGAUGCUUCGUGAUGUUCAUUACCCGCUACCCCAAGGGCCGCCCUCGCGGAUUGCCAUAUAACAAAAUGGUGUACGUCUGCGAGGCACGGUACAACGAAGAGAAAUGCAAGUUCAACAAGGUUAAGACGUGGUCCAGCUGUCUGCCCGAAGAGGUUCGCGACCAGGACUAUGAGAUGGAUCUCUGGCCCGUGCCGCGCACCAUGAGGAAGAUCCCCAGUCCCAUCAAGCAUCUGCUGCAAGCCGACGCCAAAGAGACGGACGACUUGCCGAAACCGACGUGGAGGAGCCCGAAUGCGCCUCCCCUCAUUGGGGCGGUCCAUCGUCGCCCUCGCGAGCCCAAUCCUCACUCUUCACGACUCGACCUAUCCCGCUCUCCCACGCCCGGGUCAUCCCUCGUUUCGUUUCCGUUUGAGACCGAGGCUAGUGCCAGAGUCAACCUUAAGCUGACGACAGAUCUUUCGAACAAGGAGUCGCCUCCGCCAGAAGCUCACCCAAUAUUUAUCGCGCCUGUGCCGCUGGCUAUUGGUCCUGGUCCUGGCUCCGGAUCAUCGCACCGUCAGUCCUUCUCUGGUGGUGUUCCAGGAACACCAACAUUCCAUCCAUCUGUCGCUCCCGCGCCUGGACCUGGUGGACACGUCGCGUUUGGAGGUCAACACUACGUGCAGCAUUUCGCACCACGGCAACAGCAGCAGCAGCAGCAGCAGCAGCCGCCGCCACCCCAGGGUCACGGCAUCGCUCCUCACAUCGUCCAGAUUCACGGUCAUCCGCAGUCGCACCCGCCGCCGCCGAUCCAUCAGUAUCAACCGCAGCUGCAACCACAUCCCCAUCAGGGUCUCCAUCAGCAGCCACUAGGACCCCAGCACCAGCACCAGCCAAUGCCCGGCAUGCCCAUGCACGUGCAGCCCCAUCAUCCCGGGAUGCCCCCGAUGCAGCCAAGCCCCCAUCAUUACCCACAUCAGCAGCCUCCUUCUUACUCGCACCAACAACCUCCUCCGUACCACGGUCCCGGGCCACAACACGUCCCAAUUCCUCAGCCUCCACACCAGCCGCCGCCGCCGCCGCCGCAGCAGCAGCAGCAACAACAUCUUCAACAACAACAACUUCACCAGCCCUACCAGCAAAUUCAAUACAUUCACCACGGCCCCCCGACCACACAAAGCCAGCUCGCUCCGGCGCCGCCUCCCGGGCCCCAGUACGACCCCCAUCACCCACAUUCCAGGCCGGUGCACGCGCACCCGCCGCCACCACCACCACCACCACAACAACAGCCCUUUGGAGUCGGCCCACCGCACCACCCUGGUGUACCCAUAGGCUUGCCGGCAGUGCAUCACUCCCAUUCUCAUCCGCAGCCGUCGCCAAUAGCGCCCAACUUCCCCACGCCCAACAGGCACCACCAGCCACCUCCGAUGGGAACUCCCAUGCAGCAGCACCCGCCAACCAUGCCACAGCAGCUCGCCCCAGGUCCGGCCGCUGGUAAUGCGUACAACGCGCCGCGUGCCCCCGAGGUCUACACCCUUGCCGAGAACAUCGACAGUGAGAUCCCGGAGGAGGUGAAGAAGCAAUUUCAGACGGACGACCAAGGACGUGUCCUCUUUUUCACCGCGCCGCCCCUUAACCGAGCUUCUGUUCGCAAUGGUGGCGUGGCGGAGCAGUACGCUGGAUUGGGUCACAGUGUUCACUGGGAGAGCAUCAAAGCUCGCAAGGAGGAGCGGAGGCGCAAGAGGAAGGAACGGGAUGAGGCGCUGCAGGAAGAGGCAAACAAGCGCAAAGCUGCCAAAACCGCCGAGGCAAAGGCGAAUGGCGAGGGGAAUGAGCACAAAAAGGCACUGAGUCUGCUGGAGGAGGGCAUCCUGCAGUGGUGCGAGCAGAUGCAGAAGGGGACGAGGCAUUUGGAGGAAUUGCUAGGGGGCAGAGACGAGUGGGAAGAGAUGAUGAGGCAAAGUAAGGAGGAGAACAAGGGGCUAACGGAGGCGGAGAUUAGGAAGAAGAGUUUAAGGUGGUGGCUUGAAGAUCAGAUCAAGAAGGGCUUGGUUACGGAGGAGGAAAGGAAACAGUUGGAGGAGGCUUUUCUGGCCGAUGCAAAGGGUUUGACGAGCGUCAAGGCGACGGGGUUGAAGGCUUAGAAACCUUUGAAUCCCAAGCCAAGUUGAGGUUGAGGUCACUUGUAGCAAAGGAACGGAGUAGGUUUGCCGUACUGGAAGCGUUCAAGAUGGAUGGGUUUUUGGUUGGGACGGCGCCGUCUACUUGGGUUAGCCCUGAAGUCUCCUCUGUCAGUACUACUCAGUAGAGGAUAUCUUGGCCAUCACAUGGUUUCAUUUUUAGCCACUGUUCUGCAUGUUGUUUUCUGUUGGGAAUCAAAAAGAAUAUACGGAA